CAGCUGGUGACAACUAUGUGGGAUAAAGCCUAUUUCUCAAGUGCCCUCUGGCCAGAAAAUGAACUAAAAGAAGGAUUCUGGAAGUCACUUCUUGAGGCUGGAGCUUGUUGUGGAAGGUUUGACAACACCCCAGAAUCAGCAUGGGCAAUUGUGGAGAGUCUAGGGGUUCAAAAAAAGGGGCUAUUGUUCCAAAGGGAAAUGGUGGACAUGGGAAUUGACCUAUUGAAAACAUCUGCAUUCAAAGAAGUUGCUCAUCUGCCCAAAAUGUAACACAGUACUUGCAAAGAGACUAUUGCUACACACCACCUAGACAUCUGCACUUUUGCCAAGAAUUCUUGAUUUUACAGAAGUUUUACAUGAGUGCUCAAGAGCUGAAAAAAUUGUUUGGAC